AUGUUUGAUUUACCAGAGGCUAUCUGCGUGCGCCGCGAUGAGGUUCGGUCCCCGGCUUCGUCUCGCGCAUCGUCUCCAGUGAACGAAUCGGAUCUGCAAGAUGCUCGUGCCCGGUUAGGGAAGCUACUCAACCUUGACGAACUGCUUGGAGCCAGUGUGGAAUUGGACAACAUGAACAAUGUACUGGAAGAACAAGCUGGUGAGGAGGACGAGGAAGAAUUCGAAUUUCGACUGUUCAACACCCCAGCAAACCCUCAUGACGCCGUUCAAAAAGACGGAGAUAAACCCGAAAACGAGAGCAAUACGACAAGCAAGACCCUGGGUGAUGGCAAAGGGCAAGUCAAUAUAGGGACACAAAAACUGCGUAUCAGAUUACGAUCCCCGACACCAGGCUCAAGCGACCCUUCAGCAGGUCGCUUUGUGAAGGCUUCCCGUGGGUGGCAGUAUUACUUUUCCACCCCUUCACUAUGGGGUUCAAACGUCGAGUCAGAAGAACAAGAAUUUCAACCGGAAAAGGCCAGGCAAUAUCAGGAUAUGGCCGUCACAGGAGAGUAUAUAAAAACCUUGGCCAAGUCACAGCCAUGGCCCGGUUGCCAUCUUGCAUGGAGAGUGGUGCACCUUAAACGCCAUCAAACGAAAUUACCUCGGAAAGACAAAGAUGUUCCGGUUUAUGUGGUUGAGAGUGAACCAACUUCCAAAUCACCCAAGUCUCGCAAGAAGCCGGGAAAGAAACGGCGUGUUUUACUGCGGAAGCGAGCUGUGGCAGUUCAAUUAGCAAAGGAGGCGGAUGCGGAUAAGAGGACGCGCAAGAAUCGUGAGCGCAAGCUUAAACGUCGUCAGAAGGCGCGGGAGCAAAAAGCUGCUACUGAUACGGCUGGAGGGGAUAUUCACAUGACGGAUGCUGAUGGAGCUUCCUCGGGAGACGAUUGA